AUGGCUGCCAGACAAACAAUCCUAGUCAUCGGUGCUACAGGUAAACAAGGCUCAGCCGCUAUCAAGGCCUUGGAUCAAUCCAAGUUUAAGAUCCUUGCUGCUACUCGAGAUGCUUCAAGUGAGAAAGCCAAAGCAUUGGGUGUAGACCUGAUAGAAGGCUCGCUUGAGAAUCCCGAGAGUCUGUUUGACAAAGAGCCAAUUCAUGGUGUUCUUCUGGUUCUCGCCAAUAUAGAUCCGGAAGGUCACUUACAAGAAGGUCUGGCUAUUGUCAAUGCUGCUGCCAAACAUGGUGUCAAGCAUUUCGUAUACUCUAAUGGUGAUUAUUGUGGAAGAUCAGAUACAGGUAUUCCCUUCUUCGAAGCUAAGCGAAAGAUCGAAAAUGCAGUUAAAGCUCAAUCUUUCCAAUGGACAAUUCUAGGUCCAGUAGGAUUCAUGGAAAAUUUCUAUUGGCCACUUUAUCUAGAUCAAGUAUCGACCACCUGGAAACAGUCCACUCAUCCGACUUACAAACUCAUCGCUACUUCUGAUAUCGGUAAGAUCGCUGCUGAGGUGUUCGCCAACCCCGAUCGAUUUGCGGGCAAGAAAAUCAACAUCGUAGGAGACGAGUUGACUCCUGAUGAAAUCAUCAGUAUUUGGAAGGAAGUCACCGGUCAGACUUUACAAGCUGAGGAGACGCCCGUGUUUCCCCCUUUUAUUGCUCCUGCUUUCAAGUUCUUCGAUGAUAAUCAAUUCGAAGCUGAUGUGUCGGAGAACAAAAAACUCUUCCCUUUCCUCACCGACUUUAAAUCCUGGUUACAACAAACUCCUUUCGCCAAGAGAUAA